AUGUUUCCGUCGAAGCCAGUCGUCGAGUUCCUCCAGGCUCUGUUUCCGACAAAUCCAGGCUCUAUUUCCGGCAAGUUCCUCCCCUCGCCGCUCCGCUGUCCGUUGAACUCCGUGAGACCGUCUCCGGUCUCCGUCCAUUGUAGAGGUAAUCUUCUCCGGUCCGGCUGUGAUCCCUUAUUUUCGUCGCCAUCGCUAGAGCCUAGAGGUAAUCAACCAUCCCUAGCCGUCUCCGUCUCCGUCCCUUCUCCGCUGUGCUAUGAUCCCUUACUUUCGUGA